UAGUCAAUAUACACAAGCGCAGAAGCUUCACGAAGCGCGCGCACUCUGUCGUACCUGCAGCAUAGCUGUGACGUUGCCUGCCUGGUCUACAACCACCGUCAACCACCAACACGACGCAUGCAGCUGUCGCAUACUCUGCGCAACCGCCUACGUCGUACCUAGAUAGAUAGAACAAGUGGGAGCCGGCGCUAUGUCGAACCAGGUGGUGGGCAAUGUCUAUCAGCAGAUCAUCGAGAAGGUUAUCCAGGCUUCGCAGAAUGACUUCGAGGAGUUCGGCGUGGACCAGUCGACGCUCGACGAAAUGAAGCAGGGCUGGCAAGAGAAGCUGUCCGCUCUCAAGGUUGCUCAAUUUCCCUGGGAUCCUCAGCCCGAGCCAGUGCGCCAGCCGCCUACUGUGCCGUCCAACGUGAAGGUCGACCAUGACCUGCCCCAGGUCUCUGCCGCACAGGACCAUAUCAACUUCCCAAAUGCUCAGAUUAAGCCAGAGACCCCCUACCAGCAGCAUCCCCAAGCCAAUUAUCCUCAGGCUCAGGGCUACCCUACUAGUGGGUUUGAUGCACACCAAAACGCUGCUCAGCAGCGAGCACAGAACCUCGUCAUGCAGCGCCAGCAACAGAGUAACAUGAUGAUGCCACAGUCGAACUUCCCAAAUCUCCCACAGCAGAACCUCCAUCUGCCGCAGCAAGGUCAGCAUUCCAUGACUCAACAGCAACGCAUGAUGGCACCACAGCAGCAACAGAUGCACCGCCCGCCUCAGCAGCAAAUGCCACAGCAGCGUCAACAACAACCACAACAGAAUAAUGGCAACCUCUACACCUCGCAGACAGAUGGUGCCGGAGACGGCUUGGAGGACUGGAAGGCCUUCCUUGCUGCGAGACGGGCUGCAGAGAAUGAGGAAGGGCGUAUCGCCGCGGAUGAGUUCAUGCGCGCUCGUGUCGACGCCAUGGCCAUGCAGCAGGAUAGUGGGCUGAUGGUGCCGCUCGACUCGAUGCCGAAAGGCAAAAAGAGGAAGGCUGCUGUCCGAGUGCUCCAGGCUGAGAAGGCCGAGGCAUCAUCAUCGGCCGCCCCGAGCGCAUCAGUACCUGGCCUGUUUGAUGGCCCUGAUGAUGACAUCAAGCCUGGCGAAGAGGACCCUGACGAUGCGAUCAACUCCGACCUUGACGACCCUGAAGAUGAUGCGAAUGACGGCGACAAUAGCGAUGACGAAAUGGUUGAUUACAUGCUAUGUACCUAUGACAAGGUGCAGCGCGUCAAGAACAAGUGGAAGUGCACACUGAAAGACGGCAUCCUGACCACAAACAAGAGGGAAUACCUAUUCCACAAAGCCAACGGUGAAUUUGAGUGGUAAUAGCAUAAUGAAAUAACGCUUAUCGUAUGCAGCUGAACUCGAAUUCUGAGCGGUCGAUCCCUCCGCCAUAUCCAGCUACGACGCUCCCGGACCGAGUUCAGCUGCAGCGACGGUCAUUGUACAACAUCGAGGUCCUCACUACCUACCUGACGGUGCGCUAUGACGUGGAACCUUCCAAGACAUACAUCACAGACAUGUUCACCCCGCAGUGCGACCAUCAAAAGUUGCAGCUGUACGACACACAUCAUCGUCACGAGUGGGCAUCUGACGAUCAGAAAAACGCCUCAUCAUUACGACUACGCGAUCAUGAAAUGAUCUUCGAUCGAACUAGUCUCAGUGUCUUAUUCAACCGGCACAGAUCGCGCUCGACUUGCCGAGUUCUU